UACAUACGUGCGUCGUGACCGAGAAUCCCGGUGGAACGAAUCCCGAAUUUUUAUUCCGCGUCUUGUGUUUAUCUCCUCGAUAGGUCGUACAAUUUUUAAUUUCGGACAAAAAGGAAGAAAAACAGAGAAGAGCAAAGGCAGGAAAGGCCGAGCUCGCGGAGAACGUGUUCCGGGCGUAUGCAUGUCCAUACGUACUCGGAGGUACGAUGUUCCUGACGACCCUGGAGGUGCCAGUCCAGCUCGCCGCGACACUGAACGGCGGCAGCGCUAACCGGAUCAAAGGGAGAAGCGGGAUCCCGUGAGGAGGACGUUCCGGAGGAGGUAGAGCGACCUUCCGCGGGCGAGGAAAUGUCGCGCGCCGCGGAGGAGUAAGGACGCUCCGCAUCAGCGUGCCGAGAUGUCCGGGCGGAUGGUCAGUCACGCGCAGACCACGCUCGAUGACAGAUGCGUGGGCGCGUCGCGGAUGAUCUGCGCGGUCUGCGACCGGACCGAGGAGCUGCUCCAGUGCUCGCGCUGCAAGGCCGUCUUCUACUGCACCAAGGAUCAUCAGAGGCGCGACUGGAAGCGUCACCGGGACUUCUGCGCGACUCAUCCCGCCCUGGACGAAUCCUGUCCCGGAACGACCAGCAGGAGUCGUGAAGUCGUCCCGUCCAAGCAGCAGCCUUCUGUUGGCAAAUCUCGCGUUGACAACGCUCUGGCGUCUAACCUAAGCAAGAUCUCGAAUGCGGAGUCGUAUAGAAACGCGAAGCAUCUCGCAGAUUCCAUUACGCAAGGGGAGAACGGAGCCAGUCGUCAGGAGCGGAAGGAGAAUCAGAAUCUGAAGAAGAAAUCAAACGGUGGGAGAACGAGAAACGGACGUAACAAUAAAGUCCAUAGUUGGACGCUGCCUAUAACAUAUGAGGGUAGCUCGGAGGACAUUAUACUGGGUGCACGAGCUGAGCUUCUGAAUCCUGACGUAGAGAGCUCGAGGAUCUUCGACAGCUUGAGCAACGCGGAUCUAGGCUUGCCGGUCCAGCAUCACAACGGGAUGAAGAACUUUCCUGAGGUGCGACUGGGUCAGGAGGAGGAGCUCUUGCCCCCUUUUCUACAUAGGAAUGAUUUCGAGGAGUUCAUAGACAAAAUUUGCCAGUACGUGAUAAGCGACAUGGACAAGUACGGAGUGUGCGUGGUGGACAAGUUUCUAGGCAAAGAGAAGGGUCUAGCGGUGCUAAACGAGGUUUUAUAUAUGUACAGUUCCGGAUUAUUUAAGGACGGACAGUUGGUUUCGAAUAAGGGUAGUGCGAACGACUUAAAGACGAUACGCGGCGAUCAGAUCAUAUGGUUGGACGGGAAGGAGCAUCAGUGUCAGAAUAUUGGCAUGCUGAUCUCGCGGGUCGAUGCAAUCAUCAUGAGGGCCAAUAAGAUGCACAAUAACGGAAAGAUAGGAAACUAUACGAUCAACGGGAGAACAAAAGCGAUGGUGGCUUGUUAUCCCGGCCACGGUUCGCAUUACGUGAAACAUGUGGAUAAUCCUAAUCGAGAUGGGCGUUGCAUCACGGCUAUUUAUUAUCUUAACCGGGAUUGGAAAAUCAAGGAGAAUGGCGGACUUUUGAGGAUAUUCCCCGAAGGAUGGCGCGAUCGAGUAGCAGAUAUUGAACCUCUCUUCGACAGGAUAUUAUUUUUCUGGUCUGACAGGCGGAAUCCUCACGAAGUGCAACCAGCGUACAAAACGAGAUACGCUAUCACACUAUGGUACUUUGACGCCGAAGAAAGGAAUCAAGCUUGCCGGAGAUAUCAAAGAGAAAGAGGAAUUGAAUAGCAUACGAAAAAAAUAUAUCGGACAAUGAGUGUUUACGAGGAAGUGCAAUAGAAGUGUAAGAGCGUACUUUUUUUUACAGAUGUAAAAAACUGUAAUAUAUGUGAUGAAUUAAUGUGUGUAGUUGUUGCAAUUUACACUUGAAUAUGUAUAAUCGUUUAUUUCGAUUUCGGAGAUUCUAUAUUUGCAUUUUGCAACCAAUAUUCAAAACGCCUGAAAUCUGCUUCCUAUAUUUUGAGAAGAAAACUUAUAUACUUGUGCCGGUCAUUAAUUUCUGUUAUGUAAAAUAUAUUAACAAUCCUUAAAGCAUGUUGCAUUUGGAAUAUUUUAAGCGACAAAUAUGUAGAAUAUAAUGUACAAAAAAAUUCUUCCAGAGAUCCACUAAUGCAGAUAUUGUACCACCUUGAUCGUAUUUAAAGUAAAUUUAUGUAUAACAUUUAUUAUUCUCCUUAAUGUUGCAUCAUAUAUAAUAUAUUUCUUAGCAAUUUUAAUAUGCUGGUUGCUAAAGAAAUUAUUACUGCUCACACACAAAGAUGAUGUAAUGUUAGUAUUAUCAGUUAUAAUGUUACUAUUAACAUUGAUGACUUUUUACGCUUACAUAAUGAUCAUGUUUGGUUUACUAUGGCCAGUAAUUGACUUAUGCUUCCAGUGCGACGAAUUGAGAUAAAUUGGGGCCCAGUCUGUACCUGUAUAAUGUUAUGUACAUUGCAAAGUGGUAGAGAAAUGCUGUGUUUAAUACUAUAUGUAGCUAUUUAUACAUAUGACUUAAUAGGAAAGAAUAAGCACAUAUGUGCCAUUUGUGUCCUAUUUGGAAAGUCUGAUGUAAAAUCCUAUUAGUCAUCCUAAUAUAGGAAAUAUAACAGAAACAUAUGGAGAGAAUUAGAAAGAGGUAUUAUGUUCAUAUUAUAUAAAUAUUGUUUUUUUUCAAUUACUACAAAAUUAUUUCUCAAUAUUUCCAGCUGUAAUAUUAUUGGACACAGAAAGGAUUAAUUGUAAGAAGAAA